CUGCCAUAGGUGUGUACCAUGUCAGGGGGCUGCAAGGCUAGGGAUGAGUGAAAACGAAGCAGGGAAGUAGAUGGAGAGGAAAAUGGCAUCUACCCUGUGCACGUAAAGUCUGCUUCAAAAGGGCCUCCUGAGAGCUGGACAAGUCUGAGCAAGAAUUAAUGGCCCACACCUGGGAAUAAGAGGUGAAUUCUCAAGUAUCCAGGUUUAGUAACUGCCACACCUGUCCUGAAUUCCCAAAAGCAGAAAGGAGGGCUGCAAGGAUUUAGAUAGCUUAGCUCCUGAGUGUACGGUGCCAUGGCUCUGGGCCAAGGCAGCAUAAGUCAGUGCCUGAAAAUCCCCACCCAUCAUUACUGGGGCAUUGCUUGUCACAGGACAGGCUCUCCUGAAGAGCUUUACCUUGUUCACAUGUUAUUAAGAACAGUAAAUAGUUUUAGGCAUUAAUUUUAUCCAGACUUCAAAACAGUUCUUCAGAACAGAAGCCUAAAAUAAGUACCCUGCAGAAAAGCAGUGAAAUUGGAGGUAUAUUCUCGUGGUGUUGGGAGAAUGAGGACACAAACUUCUUUCUGAUCACUGGCUUUGUUGUCUGCAUGACCUCUGACAUACCAUAACAAGCUCAAUGAAGAGAUAUUGAGAGCUUGUCACUUGACAGGGGACGGUGCACUUGACUGGACCCAGGCCCUCUUGUGCUCAUGGAAGGGAGCAGAAAAUUAGUCACUUUUGCCUGGCUCACACAGCCUGCGUGGGAGGGCAGACUCAGAUGGUGUGCUUACCUCAGGUGGUGUUUCUGCACCUCACUGGCCUUAAAAAACAACUUAGCACAGAGGAAAUGCACAGAGGAAGUUCUCCUCGUCCUGAGUUGCUCGGACCCUGUGUGCAGUUCUCCUGCAUCAGGCAGGAUUUCUUUGGACACAAGUUCUUAUGCAAUUAAGAGAUCAACUCAUUUGAUCAGGAGUUUUGCCCAAGGAAAGAAUUCAGGAUCAGCAAUAUUACGACAAAGCUUGUGUCGGUGACUUAAAGGGGAAUAGGCUGCCCGUGUAAACACGGGAGCACAAGGGGUAGCACGCAGAGGAGAGGGUGAUGGGAGCAGAAGAGGUAGCACACAGGGGAGGUGAUAGGAGCACAGCUCUGCAGAACACUGAGCCUGCUCUUGAAGGCUGCAAUCCAUCCCGUGCCAGCAGCCACUUGGCAGAGGCUGAAACUUGACCUGCUGAAGCACAGUGUCUUCCCUGAAGCCUGUUUCUCUGUGUAGCCAGGAUAUGCUGAAUGCAGACGUUCCGAAGAGGACCUUGCCGAGGUGUGUACAAGCCCUGAACCCUUCAGAGCCCGGAGUGAAUGUGGCCAGUCACAGCAGCUGCCCAGGGUGCUGAGAACCCUGCUCCAGGGCACAGGCAAUGCUUUGAAGUCAGCACAGUCCCGCUGGAAGUGUGCUUUGGCAGUUGGAGGGGAGGACUGCUCACCAGGAAACCGAGUUCUUCAAGCUUUAGGGUCUGGAUUUUAUGGGAGUGUGAUCCCUUCAGAAAUGUCCUCUGCUUGUCAGAGACACCUGGUUAUGAUCAACUCUUACUGCUCUUCGGAUUGAGGCUUGUUUUAUCUACAGCGUCAGACUGCAGCAUGAGCAGAAGAACAUCCAUCUGGAGGUCCUGAAAGAAUAAUGUCCACAGUGCAUACAAGAACUACUUAGAGUGAUGAAGUCUAAGCCAUGCUCUACCAUCUUCUUUUUUAAAAUCUGAAGAGGUCAGCAAAAGAGACCAGUGCAGCUGCCUUUUGUUUUGAAUUGUGAGCACUUCUCCUGCCCCCCAGAGCUCCCAGACAGCGAGGUCUGCUUUGAGAUGGAAGAACAGCACCCUCAAGAGUUGACAAUGCUGCUUCGGGGACCCGGAGCCUGCAUCACACACCUCCUCAGUCGGUGAAAGCCGCCCCUGGCACACACAUCCGAGGCAAUGGGAACAAACAUUUUUUCCCGAGGUUAGAUUUGAAAUAUUUGGUAUCAAUCACUGCUGGUAUGAAAGUGGAAAUUGGCGUUUAUGCGUGUCUGAAGGAGGUGAGGUUGUAAAUGGUUUAUUUGCCUUCAAAGGAGGAGGCACAAUAAAAAGAUGAAGAAUUCUCUUGUUGGUCUAAGUCUGGGAACCUCAUUUUAUACCACAGUAAACCAGCUUGGACAGGAAUUUAUGUUUUCGUGUAGAAAGAGGUUAUUUAAAAGUUCUUAACUCGGAUAAAAAGGGUCUGUGUGGAAAAAAAAAAGUACUGAGCAAACCAGUCCUUAAAUUGUGGGGACUUGUUUGUUAAUUACUGUAAUUAGGAAUGGAAUCUGAUCCUAAACUUUCUGAUUUACUUUGAAUUCCUUUUAAUAUGUGGUUAGGCCUUAAUUUCAGAAUGAUUAUAAAAUGUGAGAGCCUUUUAAGACUACAGAGGCGUGGGUAUUGUUACUGAAUGACAAGCUUACUUGCACGCUUCUGCUGCUUCCUGCAGCACUGGCCUGUGAGUGGAGAUGUCCACAGCCUGCUCCUCUUUCUGCCGCCUUCAGAGAUAGGAGGCCUGCAGAAGCUCCAUUAAUUGCCUCCCAUCCAGGUGAUAUUCACCCUAGCAGGGAAAAAGCCUAGCCCUGGGUUUGUCCCUUUUCUGUGAAUUGGUUCACUUGAGUAGGUCAAGCAGAGUUUGGGCAGCUAGGGACAUUUUCCUUUCCCAAACUCACUCCUAUCACAGAACAGAGCAGUGUGGUGGUUGCUGAGGCAGUGCCACAGCCCCCUGGCCCACUAUGCCGCAGUGCCAGGCACUGCUGCAGAUCCUGACUGCAUGCAAAAGAGUUCAGGCUUUCAUGUGGUUUUUUGGGCAAUGCUGAAGGGUGAGAUAGUGAAAAGCAUUUUCGGGAGUCUGUUUCCCUGCUGUAGUCACAGAACCCACUCCUGAGGGCAUACUGGAAGGGGGCUCCUCUGGCUGGUUUUGCUGCUCAGAGAGAGCUUCAAAAGCCUCUUGUGUGAUACACACCAUGGCUUCCCGGUGCAGCCUGCUUCUGUUUCCUCUUCAGGACGUUGUCAGCUACUUUGUAUCACAAGGAAUCUGUCAAACCCUUCCUGAGCAAGGAAUCUGCUCUCACAAGCUUCAGUUAUGCCAGGACAUCCAGAACUGUGAAUUCCAGCAAGUUGGGUUUCUUUCUCCAGCCUUUUACAUUUGAGUCGUUUUCCCUGGAAAUCUUCCUGCAGCAGUGUUAAGCUUGCACCUGCUCCAAGGGCCUGGACUUAUCCUUUCUCUGUCAUUUUCAAAAGAAUCUUCUGGAUGAACAGAGCUAAAGGCCUGUGGGGCUUCCUGAGGUGCAUUCAGAAGGUGUCCAGGGGAGGACAAACUCAUCUGCUCCUCAGGCUGCGAGAGAUGGAGACAAAAUGAGAAAUGAGCCUUCUCACCCCCUGCCGAGCUGCUUUGAAACGAGGGCUCGGAUGUCUGUGACUUUACCCAGUAAGGUACCCUGCCGCCCUGAGAGAGCAGCGCGCUGCCGGGACACGCAGCUCCUCUCUCCGAUCCCGCCGUGCCGAACAUCGAUCUCCUCCCAAGUCACCAGCAGCGGGAUCCUAGGAAGGCGAGCAGCAUCUCCGCGGCGGCCCCCGGCUGCGCUCGCUCUGACUCGUGUAAGCGCCGGCAGCCGGUCAGGAUUGCGGUAUUUGCCCGUUUACCUCUUCGGGUCGUGCGGGGCUACGGCGGAAGAGCCGCGCCUCUAUCUCGCCUUUCCUGUGUGUGGCGAAGGCCGCGGGGCUGCCUGUGCUGGCAGCGGAGCGCACCUUGCCGGGCUGCUGUCAGCGUGGGGCGGUUGACCCGCAGGUGGCCGGGCUCAGGGCUGUCCCAGCCCGGAAGGACAGGUCCUUCGGGCUCGCUGGACCAACAGUAAGCGCAGGACGGUACAGGACGGCACCCGGCCGAUCUUCACCGAGCGGAACGGAGCCAAGGGGCCCCCGGUGCCCCUGGAGGUGCCCGCCCCUGCCCGCCGGGCGCCGUCCCCAGAUGGUCUCGCUGUAACCGGGAGCGCUCCGCUGCAGUGGGAUGCGGUGCAGCAGCACCUCGGUUCCCGCAGGCUAACAUGGCGGGGCGAGUAAUCCCGGCUGGCCAAAGAUUGGCAUUAACGCGCAAGUGGCGGUGAACUUUGAGACUGCGGAUCGCAGGGCUGGGAGCGGGCGCUGGAAAUGCACCAACCGCUUUCGGCCGCUCUGCCCCGCCGAGCGGCCCCGGGUAGAGAGAGCGCAAAGUCCCUCGCCGCUUUCGCGGGCCUCUUAUCAGCGCCGAGCCUCCUCGGCGGGCGUAGUCCAGCGCCUGAGUUCAGGGCGGCGGGACGAGGGGGAGGUGCUGGGGCGUGCGGCGGCUGCCGGGGGCGGGCAGGCGGCGCUGCCCCGGUGGGGCGCUAUAAGACCCGGGUGCAGCGGUCAGGGCCUCCCCGCAGGAGGCUGGCGCUAGGGGGCGACCCGCGGGGCCGGCGGGGUAUAAAAGCGGCCGCGCGGCCGCGGCAGCCACUGGCAGCGCGGCGGCAGCGAGCGGGGCUCGGCCGUGCCGGGCGGGGACGGGCUCAGGGAGUGCCGAGCGGUGCCGAGCCGAGCAGCACCGUGCUUCACCGUGCCGCACCAUACCGCACCGUACCGCGGUGCCGUUCGCCGCAGAGGACAGGGGUGCCGCGGGCUUGGUAGAGCCGCUGCCGUCGCCCUGUCCGAAAACUGGAUUGCAGGAGCCCUUCACCAUGCCCGGCAGACUGUAGGUGCUUCAUGGAGCAAGCCAACUUCUACGAGGUCGAUUCCCGGCCCCCGAUGAGCAGCGGCCAGCACCACCAGCUCCAGACUCCCCUGCCCGGCAGCGCCUACAGUUACAGAGAGGCUACCUCGGCGGCGGCACCUGCUGCGGGCGGCGCGGAGCUCGGCGACAUUUGCGAGAACGAGAACUCCAUCGACAUAAGCGCCUACAUCGACCCCGCUGCCUUCAACGACGAGUUCCUGGCCGAUCUCUUUCAGCACAGCAAACAGCAGGAGAAAGCCAAGGCUAUCCUGGCCGGAGAUUUCGACUUCCACAACAUGCAUGGGGCCGGCACCGCCGCCUCGGCGCCGGGGCACCAGCAGCAGCACCACCAGCAGCCGCUCUUCGGCUGCAUGGCCGGCUACAUGGACGGCAAGCUCGACCCCCUGUACGAGCGCAUCGCCGCGCCUGGCCUGCGGCCGCUGGUGAUUAAACAGGAGCCCCGCGAGGAGGAGGAGGUGAAGGCGGCGGCCCUGUCAGCCCUGUACCCCCACCACGCCCCGCAGCAGCACCCGUCCCACCUGCAGUACCAGAUCGCCCACUGCGCCCAGACCACCAUGCACCUCCAGCCCGGGCACCCCACGCCGCCCCCCACGCCCGUGCCCAGCCCGCACCACCCGCACCACCCCGGCGGCCUGCCCGCCGCCAGCGCCCUCAAGAUGAUUCCCGCGGACCACCGGAGCAAAUCGAAAAAGACAGUGGAUAAGAACAGCAACGAGUACCGGGUGCGCCGGGAGCGCAACAACAUCGCGGUGCGCAAGAGCCGGGACAAGGCCAAGCAGCGCAACGUGGAGACGCAGCAGAAGGUGCUGGAGCUCACCACCGACAACGAGCGACUGCGCAAGCGGGUGGAGCAGCUCACCCGGGAGCUGGAGACUCUGCGGGGCAUCUUCAGGCAGCUGCCCGAGAGCUCGCUGGUGAAGGCCAUGGGCAGCUGCGCCUAGCGCCGAGCUGCGCCGGGACUGCGGGGCCACCCCCACUCACCUAAUAGAUCCUACACGUACCGGAUUGUUCCGGGAGGGAGGAGUAAGAGGGGGGUGGGUUUUGGUUUUGUUUUGUUUGUUUGUUUGUUUAACAUUUAACGACCAAUACAAGAAGCCAGGCAGCUGUAGUAUUAAAAGGUCUGUGCCUUAGGGAUGACACACGAAUAAGCUGAAAACAUGGUGGGUGUUCUAAGUGGAAAGGUGAGGGAACGAAGACAUUGAAAAGCCCACAUGUCUACACAGGGUAAAUAACAAUAAUAAUAAUAGUAAUAAAGCAUGCAUAGCAAUCCAGAUGUGCCUUAAAAGCUGGCUGCAGGAGCUCUGGCACUUUCUGUCCCCCCCCAGCCUGCCAAGGCACAAGGAAGAAGGGUGCAGAAUGUGCGGGCUUUGGGACAGGGCAUCUGGAGAUGCCAGCCGGGCCUCCCCAGCCAGCCUGCAGUGCAGCAGGCAGGGGUAGCUGUGGAGAGGACGUCGAGAAGAGGACUAAGGCAGAGAGAUGUGCAGUGCUGGUUGCCCACUCCAAGCACUGAGGUGUGGGGCAGCUGCCAGGCUGCUGCCCGGACUGCCUCAGCCUGGCUGGGCUGCCCUUGCCAAACCCUGCCCUUGCCUUGGCCGGGAGCAGGGCAGAAGCUGCUGCUGCUGCAGGAGUGAUGGACAGCUUGGGACUGCUGGAGCAGCAGUGAGUGAGGGAGUGUGGUGAGCUCCCUCCACCAAAAAAAGAGCAGCAAUGUCUCGUACUGUAUGUCACAACGUGGCGAAGCACAAUGAAUAAAUACCUAUUGAUGCGGGUAUUUACUAGGAACUUCCGUGUAUUUUGCUUUAUUCCAGGACAUUGAGCUCCUCUCCAAGUCUGUCUGCCCAAGCCGUGCCUCAUGUAAUGUGAAAGCCUUUCUGUGUAUACUAGCUACACUUUGUUUUUGUUGUGUUACUCGGAUCUUUGCCGUCACACGACUUUCUUAUCUGGCGACAGAGACUAUGCCCUUGUGCUGCAAUGUUAUUUUAUUAUUCGGGUGGGUGAGUGAGUGUGAAUGUGUGUUGCUGCCUUCACGUUGCCCAGGGCUGGAUGCUGCUCACUGACCCCCCAAGGCAGGGGUGCCUGGGUGGGGCCGUGAGGCUGCAGAAUGCCCACAGUGGGGCAAGAAGGCUUAUCCCUGGUACUGCAGCACCUUUAGACCCUGGAGCUUCUCCCAGGGUGAGAGCAAAAUAAACAAUCGGGCCCCCUUCCAGGGAGCACUGGUAGCCGUGCAGAGUGUCUCUUCCUAAUGUCUUAGCUGUGCAAGCAUCCAUUCAGUAGAGACAGCCACGAGGAAGAGAAGGAGCUGGAGCAGUGAGGCUGUUGAGGAGCAUGGCAGCAGGGGCCAGUGCCAAGGGUGUGUGUGCAUGCCGUGUGUCUGAGGGGUGCGUGGCUCUGUGCACACCCAUGUAUAUGCACGCACCUUGGGGGGUUGUUUGGGCUGAGGGGGGAGGGAACUGCAUAUAAAACGUGUUGGAAGUCCUGGUUAUGUUCAUAAAUAAACAGCAUAUAUUCUACCAUAACCUUCCACCUCUGCUGCCAGUUCUUGUCUCUGUAG